AUGGACUUUAAGGACGCAUUGUUGAGCAUAGAAAUCAAUAACACAGCGUAUGAUGUCAAUACAACCACUCAAAAUCUACAGACCAAGUACGCAUCCCAGUUAGUGGCUUGGGAAGAUACUGCUGUAGGAGCAUAUCUGCUUCUUGUUUGUAUCUUGGCCUUCAUCUUGAAUGCGCUUGUCAUCUACACUUGUCUGCGUAACUGGAGCGCACUAAUCAUGUCCGACUUCUAUAUCCUCAACCUUGCAUGCAGUGAUGUUCUUUUGCCAAUAAGUGCUUUCCCACUUCCGAUUUUUUCUUCCUUCUUCCAUCGUUGGAUGUUUGGUGAUAUUGGGUGUGUGAUAUAUGGCUUUCUCGGAUUCUUCUUCGGUGUCGUCAGUAUCACAACGUUAACCAUUAUGGGAUUUACUAGAUAUAUAAGCAUAUGCCAUCCAAGUAUUGAUUUAUCUGGCCAGAAAUUCCGCCGAUGUACCCUAAUUUUACCAUACGUGUAUGCCUUGGUUUGGUCUAGUUUACCUCUGAGUGGCUGGGGCUCAUACUCAUUGGAAUCCUACGGGACGUCUUGCACCAUACAAUGGAACGAAAACAGAGCUUUCAUCACAAUGAUGUCACUUUUCUGCAUUUUUACUCCCUCUGUGAUCAUAUUCUUCGCAUAUAGCCUUAUCUUGCUCAAAUGUAGAACCAGUCAUCGAAAUGUGCGUGAAUGGCAACGAAGAAGUCGGAAAAUGUCGAGAAAGGAGUUUUUUCUCAUUAAGAUCACGUUCGCAAUGUGUUGGGGAUUUCUUUUAUCGUGGAUGCCUUAUGCGGUUGUAUCAAUGUGGACGGCGUACGGUGACGUUACCAUGCUACCAAUCAGAUUCACGGCAACAGCGGUGUUACUGGCAAAAUCAUCAACGGUCGUUAAUCCGGUCAUAUAUUUUCUGAUGAGUAAAAAGUUCCGCCCGUUAUUACUACGCUCAUUGAAAUUACCAGAUCUGGGCAUACAAGCAUCCAGUUUAAAGUCGUGGAAGGUGAUAUCUGAACUGUUGCCAGUACGAACAAGCUCUGGAACUGGGAGUACAAAUACUGCGAGCGAAUCAUCGUUUACUGGACACAAGUUUCUAGUAAAGGUUAAACAAGUGCAUAUGGAUGUUGGUAGUGAUGUGCAACUCUAA